CUUGUCUCGUCUCCGUUGUUUUUCUCCCGUUUCUCGCCUCUUCUUUCCCCUCAGGGGACCAUUAAGGGAUGAACGCUCUGAGCCGCACCUCCAGCCCCCGCAGCAGGAUCCUGGAGCAUCCCAGCACCUCUUCUCCUCUCGUCCCCCCACCCCAACGCCGUGCCGGGGGCUGCCAGCCCCAUCCCGAGCUUUGCUCUGCUCCGAGGGCUCAUCCCUGCACAGAACCUGCUGCUGGAGCCUUCCCGGGUGCUGAUCCCACCGGAUCCGGCUCUGAGUGAGGAACAUGAGAACCUGGGUCUGUGUUUCGGGGCAGAGAGUGGAAAUCGUGCUGCCCUUCCUGAGCAAGUGCCGGGCGGACUCGGGGCGCUGCUGCCAGACCUGCACCCCCAUGAGCUGGGAUGAUUUCUACUCCAAGCACCUCCCUUCCCUCGGCUUCCGCGACAUCAGCCGGGUGACGGAGAAGGACACGCGGUUCCGGGGCUGGCUGGUCCGGAGGGUCUGCGCUUUACUCGCUGUCUGCUCCUGGGAGGUUCCUGCUGACACCCCUGGAGACCUGGCGGCAAGGGUCUGCCGCAGCAGGAGGGUGCGGGAUGUUGCUCCCGCCCGUGGCCUGAGGGAGGAUGAUGGAUGGGGCCGGCGGUGGAAGGGGAAGGUCCUGGAGCUCCUGGGUGACAUCCAGGGCCCGCUCUCCCUGCUCAUGCUGAGGAUCUGCCACUGGGCCCUGCUGAAGCUCCUGAGCCGCCUGUUCCUCAGCGUGCAGCUGCACCGGGGGCAGCUGGAGAUGGUGCUGAGGGCAGCCAGCACGGUGGGGACCCGGUGCAGCCGCGCUCGGUGCUGUGCCGUGCCGCCGGCACGCCGGGCGCUCAGCCCCGCGCCUCCCUUGCAGCCCCACGUGCCGCUGGUUUUCCUUUCCACACACAAAUCCCAGCUGGAUGGGCCGCUCCUCUCCUUCGUGCUCUUCUCCCAGGGGCUGGGGGUGCCCAGGGUGACGGUGGGUGCCCAGGGCUGCAGCCCUCGCCUCCGAUCCCUGCUCCGCCGCCUGGGAGGGAUUUUCCUGCCUUCAAGGAUGGAGCAGACACCGAGUGACCCGGAGGACGCGCUCCCAGGGGCUGUGCUGGCGGCGGUAGGUGCACCCUGGGGUGCCGGGAGGGAUAAAACACCCCCUGAGCCCCGGAAGCUGGAUGUGUUUCGGGGUGUCUCAACCACGGGCUGGCCAAGCCAUGGGCCCCCCCAGCUGCCGGUGCCCCCCAGCCUCAUCCAGCUCCCCCAGCAGUACAUGGAGGAGGUGCUGAGGAGCCGGCAGCCUCUCCUCAUCUUCCUGGAAGAGCCCGCGGUGCCGCUGCACCUCUCGGCCUCGGCCCGGCGCUGGCUGGCGCUGGUGCUCCGCGCCGUGCGGGCCGGCGCCGUGCCUGACGUCCUCCUCGUCCCGGUGGGCAUCGGCUACGACGUGGUCCCCGGCGGUUCCCAGCCGGAGGGAGCGCGCGGCGCGCAGCCCCUCAGCAUCGGCGCUUGCCUCUGGGCAGCGUUCCGGGCCCUGCGCCGGAACCUCGGCUGUGUCCGGGUGGAUUUUGCCCAGCCCUUCUCCUUACAGGAGUUUGUGGCCAAAAGCCAUGUCAGGCACGCGGGGAAGCCGGAGGAGCCGCUGCUGCUGCUGCCCACCAUCCUCGGCACGUGGCCCAGCCAGCUGGAUGCCGGGAAUACCGAGGUUUGGGCUCCUGGCCCCACAACGGCCACCGGCCUGGAGGCACCAGAGGAGGUGUUGGUGACCAGCCUGGGCCUGCACUCACUGAGCGACAGCAUGUCCUGCUCCGCCAUCAUGUCCGUGGGGAUCACCUCCGCGCUGCUGCUGCACAAAUACCGGGAGGGCGUCUUCCUCUCCCGGCUGAUGCGGGACUUUGCCUGGCUGCUGGAGGAGAUCCUGCUGCGCCAGCACGACGUGGGCUUCUCGGGGCAGCUCCGCGUCCUGGUGCAGCACAGCCUCAUCCUGCUCAGGGCCCGGCUCAGCCUCUACCACCUCUCCCCCCUUGGUGACAUCCUGGUGGUCCCCAAGGCCUCGGCAGAGACCUGGAUGGAGCUGGGCCAGCACAGCGCUGCCAUCCUGCCCGUCUUCGCCAGCGAGGCGGUGGGAGCCUGUGCCAUCCGUGCCUUGCUGGCCGAGAUGUUGCCCUUCCUGGAGCCCCCCACCAGCGCCUCCAGCAUCAUCUUCAGCCAGGACGAGCUGCACCGCAAGACCCUGGAGCUGCUCCGGCUGCUGCCCCCAACCCUGCUGGGGCUGCGGCCCUGCCAGCCCCUCGACUGCUGGAGCGAGGACAUCGUGGACAAGCUCGUCCUGUGCGGGCUGCUGGAGCCAGAGGAGGCGGAGGGGGAGCACUGGGUCUGCGACACGGCCCCGCGGCCCUUCAGCAGGCGCCAGCCAUGGCCCAGGAUGGACUUUAGUGACAGCGAGAGUGAGGACGAGGCCCCCGCGUGCCGCUGCUUCAAGCUCGGGGAGCCCCAGGGCUCUCCCCUCUUCCUCCUCUUCCUCUGCCGGCUCCUCAGCCCCGCGCUGAGGACCUACGCUGGAGCUGUGGCUUUCCUGGAGCAAAGCCGCUGGCCCCAGCCUGAGGCAGCCUACGUGGAGGAGCUGCUCCAGUUCCUGGCCAAGGAGGGUUCUGAGCUCCCCAACGGAAGCCUGGCCCUGAGCUCCCUGCAGACCUUCAAGGAGAUGGGGGUGCUGGAGGAGGUGGGGGGCCCCCCCGGCCCCCUGCUCCACCUCGCCCAGCCCUUCCGCUCCAGCGCCAGCCGGGAGAGGCUGGAAGCCUUCAUCCAGCAGUUCAUCCAGCCCUAGGUGCUGUGCCACCGGGAGCACUGGGAGCAGGUCCUGCCCCAGCUCCUGCUUUAUUGAGCCCCACAAGGGUGUUCUGGGGGGCGCGAGGUCCCGUCCCCAUCCUCACACCACCUUGUUGCAGAUGACUCCCAGCUCCUCGAUCUCGCACCGCACCUCGUCUCCUCUCUGCGAGGGGCAGGGAGACACUGGCAGCCACCCCCCAACCCCUCCAUGGGGGCCUUUACACACCGUUCUGCCCCCCCCAGCACCCCCCAGCACCCCCUUUCCCCUCACCUUCAGAAACACGGGGGGCUUCCGAAAGCAGCCCACCCCAGGGGGGGUUCCCGUGAGCAGGAUGUCCCCAGGGACCAGUGUGACGAAGCUGGGGGGGGGACAGAAGGUGUCACAAUGGCCCCCGGGAGCGGAUCCGGCGCCACCGGCCCCCCCUUACCGGGACACCCAUGCGAUGAGCCUGGGCAGGCGGAAGAUGAGCUGGUUGGUGUUGCUGUCCUGCAUCACCCGCCCGUUGACGCUGCAGCUGAUGCGCAGGUUGUGGACGUCUGCGGGGAGCGAGGGGACGUGUCAGCGCAGGGAGGGGGCACGGGGGGGGUGCUGAGGGGCCGCCACCACCGCCAACCCCCCCAGGAGGGGAAAACAAGGAGCUUUUGGGGGCA